ACAAGUGACCCUAGGGACGGGGCCUCUUUUCACCCAGGGGCAUAAUUUGAACAAUCUUGUUAGAGAUCCACUAGGCAAUGCUACAUACCAACUAUCAAAGGCCUUGGCCUUAAUCUUUCAGACAAAAAGAUUUUUAAAGUUUCUUCCUAUAUAAGUCUAUGUAAAACUUGGGACCCCCAAGGGAUAUAUUUUGAACAAUUCGGGUAGAGAACCAUUAGGCAAUACAACAUACAAAAUAUCAAAAGCCUAGGCCUUACAGUUUUAGGAAAGAAGUUUUUUUCUCUAUGUAAGUCUAUGUAAAACCGGGGCGGGGUCUCUUUUCACACCAGGGGAAUAAUGUGAACAAUCUUGAUAGAAGACCAUUGUUAAAUAUUAAUACCAUUUGUAAAGGAAUACAUCUAUAAAUAAACAAUUGUCGAAAACUAGGUUCUACCUAGUUAUGUGAAAUGUCAGCACUGGAAUAGUUUUGCAAAUGCCUCAAAACGAAGGUAUGUAACAGUUUUUUUUUUUAAAAUAGUGAGUUUUAAAGGCGCUGAAUUAUUUGAAAGUGUGGUCCCUUUAUGCAGCCCUUUUCCAGAAUUCAAUUUAUGUAUCAUUAAACUAACAGUUGUUGUGUUGAGUAAUAUACACGUUUACAUGCUGUUUAAUUUUCAUGUGGAACAACCUUUUCAUUCUUUGAAUUGAUGUUAUUUGAUUUUUUUCUCAAAAUGUAAGGCUGUCUUAAAUUGAUCAUUAUGUAUAGGUAUUUUGUACUAAAAACAUGAUUAAUUUGAAUUUUUUGAAAUACUAUCAGUAGUAUCUCGUGGAAUUCGUGUACAGGUUAAUAUAAUAAGUAUACUACAACUGAAAAACAAAAGAAUUUUCAAUUCUCUUUUUCUACAUUUAUAUUAUUUAAUUUCUAAUAGAACUAUGGGCGAUUUUCUGGCUCCGUAACGGUUAUGCUUAGUUUAGUAGGUCUUGAAAAAAAUGCAUUUCCUCGUAAUUAUUAUUUACAUCUUUAUUGCACAUUUGCUUUCUCUUUUUUCCAGGCCAAAUCUUUUCUGAUGUGGCGACAGAGAGUAGGAACGUAGACGAAGGUGUGAAUGAUACGUGUAUGGCCAUAGAUGAAGGUAAUUGUUUAUUUUGAAUUUCAUUUCUUACAAACAUUUGUCCGCUACAGAGUGCAGUGUAUGCACAUUUCAUAACCCUGAGAAUACGGCACCUCCGCCUAAGCCAGCCAUGCCGGUAACCUACACAAUACGAUGCAUCCACAUCCUCAAAAAUGAUGUUUCAACACCGCAUAUAUAGGAGGCCUGCACAUGGCUGACAUUUCAACGGGUUCGAAAUCUGCAUACACUACACUAUUAAGUGGCUAUCAAUGUUAAGAACCUGCGUCUCAAUUACUUAUUACAUUUUCAUUGUGUUAUAGCCACAGAAGACCACCUAGCAGAAGGUAUUUUAGCAACCUUUUCUAAAUAAUCCGUUAAAAAGAGGUAAUUCGUAUGGAAUACAGAAGACGGCCGUAACACAUUUCACUCUCAAUUUCUGCCUUGAAAUUUUGUAGUUUACAGUCCAAUACGGAAAAAAUAAGCAUUUAACAAGUUUUGAAGAUAACGUUUACGUUCAAGACUGAUUAUCUUAAUCGAAGAAAAUACCCAGAUUUUGCUGUAUAGCUUUUCCUACUGGAUAUUUGUCCUUACGGGCCUCGGCAAAUUAAUUUUUAGUUCUUUGGAAAUAGGAGAGAGCGAGUUCAAUUCUUUUUUCCUUCUCAAUUUGGACCAUUUGAAAGGUGAGUAUAUUUUUUAAAGCAAGCGCGAUAUUCUAUUUAUUUUUUGUAGGUAUUUAACUUAUCUAAUGACAUGUUUCAAAAUAUUUCCAACGUGCAUUAUAAAGAUAAUACGUAUUCCACUGCUAAAUGUAGUGUGAUUUAAAGAAAAUCUGCACUUUGGCUGAAAUUUGGCGGUUAUUCUGUUACAACAAAUACUUUGUAACCAAAAUGUCAUUUUUUUAAACAAUGCAACCAGCAAUAAUUAUACUCUUACUUAGUAAAUCAAAUUUCAAAACGUCUGGUGCCAAACUUCAAUUCACUUUGCGCUUGAGGUAGAAUCCUAGAUUGAAUAUUCAGAUGCAUUUAUUCUUUCUUAACAAAUAUAUUCAAGUGUUUUUUUUGUUUGUUUGUUUUUUUGUUGUUUUUUUUGGUUACUUUAUGAUAUAUUAAAAAAACCUAAAUAGAGUUCAAGUUAUGUUAGAACACUGACAAAAAUUUUACUUCACAAAUGAUGGGCAAGUGAUUUAACCACUUAGCCAGCAAAAGUCUUGACAUUCUCCGAUGUAGAUAUUUUCUAGAUCAUAGGCAUAUUAUACGACGUUGUUUAUAGUGACAGUCAGUGAGCUUAACUACUCUGUAACGAAUACCCCUCAAUACAAAAUUAAACUUUUAUUUUCGUUUAAAAGAGUAAUGAAGUUUUCUUUUAUAGGUUCGGCUGAAGAUAGUACGGUCAUAGAUGAAGGAAAGAUCGAAAAGACGGUUGAGGAAUAUGUUGAUAUGGCCUUGACGUCAGACGAAGAUUUGGGGAAGGAGUUAUUGGAAGAUGAAGAUAUAAAAGCACAUUUCCUGAAUUAUGGCCUAAAGAAUUUACAUGCUGUUUUGCAAAAAGCUUUAGAAAAGCACGAUAGAACGCAACUAAGCAUUGCAAUUAUAGGACAAACUGGAACUGGUAAAUCUAGCUUGAUCAAUGCAUUAAUGGAUUUGCAUUCUGGUGAGGAAGGCGCAGCUGCUGUUGGAGAAGUUGGCGAAUGCACAACUAAUUGCAAAGAAUAUAAGCACCCCAAGCUCCCAAAUUUGUCUUUUUGGGAUGUUCCAGGUGUAGAUUCACCUAAAUUUCCAAGGAUGUCGUACAUCGAGGACAUAAAAGUUGAAAACUACGACUUCUUUUUGCUGGUAUAUUCAGGCCGAUUGAAAGAUUCUGAAAUAUGGUUAAAAUCCGAAUUAGACAAAUUAAAGAAGAAAUGUUACUUCGUGUACACGAAAGUUGAUAAUGAUAUAUUGUCUGUUACCAGAAGGGAACAAAACUCAAAAGAAGAAGAUGUAUUUAUGCAGCUGAAGAGCAAAUCAAUGAAUAAUAUGAGGAAAAUAUCAAGCCCUGGAGAAGUACCAAAACAGUUCCUUAUUUCUUCACUUAAGCCCAAAUCGUUUGACUUCCCAAAGCUGUCAGAACAGCUUAUUGAUGAUGCACCAGACGUAAAGAAGUUAGUUCUCAUAUACUCGGUUGGGGCAAAUUCGAAGAAAAUAAUUGAAGAGAAAGCAAAGGCUCUACGUAAAAGAUGUUGGCCUGUUGUUCUUCUCAGGGCAUUUAAACUCCUGACACAGGUACCUGCCGAAUCAAAGUUAUUAAAACUUUUAGAUGCGGUCUUUGAUUGUCUUGACAUUGCAUAUAUCAUCAGAGAAAUUACAUUUUACCAGGAACAGUUUGGUUUGACUGAUGACAAUUUGGAAAAAAUAACGGAGUUCAAGCAAGUAAGUCUGUCUGACCUGAAAUCAAAAUUGCAACUGAAAACAAACAGCAUCCAACUUAAUGGAGAUGGCUUAAAGGCACUUUUUCAUAACUCGGAAGCUUACCUUAAGCAGAAGGUGGCACAGCUAGGUCCAACAAGCUUCAUUGAAUCACUGGUUAGAAUAACUGAAUCACACAAAUUUGCGGAAUGUUUCUUAGAAAUGAUUCUAGACAACAUGAAAGAAGAUGCGCUGAAGGUCCUUGAAUUCAUAACGAAGGGGAAUUAGACUGAUUUUACGGGAGUUGAUGUUUAUAAACACCUUACAUUAACUAUAUCCAAGACAUGAUACUCAUUACUUCAUUUCAGUGAUGUUUACUUUAUAAUAGAAAUAUUAUAUUAACUAUAGACACUACUACAAGUCAGGCAAUCUCCAGUUGUACCCAUCGGUGACAAAUUAUAACAUGUAGAACAUCAAGCCAGAAACAAACAAAAAAUGCUUUAACAUAAAACUGUUACAUUGCAGUUAAACGAAAGUUGAGUGAAUGUUCUUUAACAGAUAUUGUUGCCUAACAGAUAUUGUUACCCUUUUGUCGGAAUAUUUUAACAUAACUUAUGCUAUAAAUUGUGUUAUGAUUGAGGAGUACAGUCUGUAAAUUUGGUAUUGCAAAUGGCAGAGUAUGCAAAGAGCUCACAACUAAUAGCACAGUGAAAAGGGCUGCGUUAAUGAUGCAUUGGUCCUAUCAGAAUAGAGACAGACAUAUUUGAAUGUUAUCGUAAAUGUCCGUUAUAUAAUGCAACAUAAAUUGAUUGUUAUGAAUCUGGAAUCAUAAUAUCAUUUUAACAGAUUGUGAAAAUGUUCUGCACUGCUUUUAAUCAUUUAGGAAAACUAGCAGACAGCAUGAGCAUUAGAACAUGUUUGCACUUCCCUUAAAAUACUGUCCAUAAUAAGUCACUCUAAAUGAUUUUGUAAAUAAAAUGUAUAUACUAAAUAAAACGUACCUAUAUAUGACAACUAUGUUAUUCUUGCAACUUAUGUGCAAAUAUUUUGAUGUUAUUUUAUGCUAACUUUCUAAAUUUGAUACAGUACAGAGCUUCUUUUCUGUUGUUUGAAGCAUGAUCAUUGUCAACCGUGCAGUAUACUUACUUGAAUUCAAAUCAUACAUAAUUUACAGCUCGUAAUUGCAAGUAAACUAUCCAACGUGACCUUUUCUUGGACAGAAAAACGAUAUUUGUUAUUUAAGCGUCUAUUGAUGUGGGUAUUUAAAACGAUUUUCAUCAUUCCUGAAUAUGUUUUAUUAAGGAAUUGUGUAGAAAAAAUAAAAUAUGAGCGUUUUUCUGGCAAAACAAUGUUGUAUACACAUGGAAUUUACAUCUAAACUCACACCAGCUACAGUUCGUUUUAAAGCAAGUUUUGUAUAAUACCGCGUUCAGACUACGCUUUUAAUCCUACAUUAACUUGGGUUUAUUUUUUAAACUCGUUUGCGUCCACACUAUAUGUGGUGUAAAACGUGAAUUAUGUAAAGGUCAAGUGGUUUCUGUAAUGUAGCAUUAAAACUACCUCAGGAGGUGGUUUUAAUACUAUAUUAAAAAGUAAUACUACAUUAUUUUACAAGUGUGAACCCAAAUGUGAGUUAUAACUGGUUUUACAAUCCCAAAUCCCCAGAUCUUACCUUUUGGCUGAAGAAUACCACGUGUUUCUCUUUUGUAUCAAACAAUUGAUGCUAUGGCUGGCAAAAGUAAUUGGAGUGUUGAUGAAGCAAAAACAUUAAAUUGCAAUAUGGAGUCAUGCUGAUGCUCAAAAUUGACUAUAGAUGGAAUGAACAGAAAAUUUUAGAUGAACACAGAAGUUUAAACAUUAAUGACUCCUUGUUUCUGUCAGCCCCCUUCUUUGUAACCUUUUUUGCUUAUUGCAAAAUAUUUGUUUACUUCCAACAUUGCAUGUAUAUAUUUAAACCACAUUUCUUUGCCUAGUGUGGUCGCAAACUGGAUUAUAUUUUGAUGGGUUUUAAAUGUCAAAUACCAAUUAUAACCAAUUAGUGCCAGAUAAAAAUAAAACCGAUCUGCUAGUGUGAACACGGUAUAAAAGAAACAAGUAUAGUUGUGAUACGGAAGCAUGAAAGAAUAUUUUAUUCCGCAAUAUGAAAUCAUGUAAAAUAGGAAUAAAACAAAAAAUGUUAUGCCCUUAGAGUGAUUGUAAUUUAUUGUAAAGAGUGAAAAUUUGUGAAAUCAAAACCUAUACAAAAUAGAAGAUCUACUUUUGUUGUUUUGCAUAUAUUAUUUAUAAAAGAAUUGACAAAUUCGGUAGCUUAUGUCUGUAUAAAAGAGAUGUUAUACUCUUUGGUUAUCUACUGACUGAUGUUUUAUAAAAAUUUUGGUGUAUAUACUCAAUAUAGUCUAUGUUCUUUGGCUAUUGACAGUGAACAAGAUAUAAAAAAUAUCUAAAGAAGUUUUAUAAUACUGUAGUUAAUAGAAGGAAGAGCACAACAUAUAUAGGUUAUACGUAUACUAUGCUUUUUUUUGUUUGUUUGUGUGUGGUUUUUUUGGCGAUAGAAUAUGUUACGAAUUUAGUGUUGUCAUAGCUCUUUAGUACGUAGAUAUUUGUAUUGAUAACUACACUAAAACAUAUUGAUAAAAUCUAUUUAAAAUAUGGAAACAUGUAAAGGACACUUAUUUAAUAUGUUUUUGUAGGAGCACUAUGUUUUUGCUAUUAUAGAAAAGGGUAUGAAUUUAGUGUGCUGCUAUAGCCUCUCAGUAUACAUUUGUAUCGAUAGCUAUACUUUUAAGAGUAAACUAAACAAAACUCUCUAAAAUAUGGACAGAGGUAAAGUACACUUAUCGAAUACGUUGCGGGUGUGCUAUACAUUGCUUUUUCCAGCUCUUAUUAUUUAUUUGUAAUAAUUAUUUAUUUGUAAAAGCAAUACUUUGAAAGCAAUACUUAUUAAAGGUAUACUCAUCAAAACUCUCUAAAAAUGAAAAGAUGUAACAAAAAAGUGCAUGUAUAUAAUAUAUCUUUGAAGGUGUACUAUACUUCACGAUUUAUUUAUUUUUAUUUUUUUGCGAAAGAAAAGAUUAUGGAUUUUAGUGUGCUACUAUAGCUUUUCAGUAUAUAUUUAUAUUGAUAACUAUACUUAUUAAGAGUAUACUGAUAAAAAAACUCUCUAAAAUAGAGAGAUAUGUAAAGUAUAAUUGUUAGUUAAACUUCUACUUUGUUAGAUUUGCGAUAGAAAAGAAUAUGAAUCUAGAAAGUUGUUAUAGCUCUGCAGUAUAUAUUUGUAUUGAUAGCUAUACGGAUUUAAAGUAUGCUGGUCAAAUUUCUCUAAAAUAUGGUCAGAUGUAGCGUGCACUUUUUUAAUAUUUUCUGUAGGUAUGCUAUACUUUGGGAUUUGUUCUUUUUGCAAUAGAAAGAUUAUGAGUUUAGAAGGCUGUUAUAGCUUUUCAGUUUAUAUUUAUAUUGAUAAUUAUUCUUAUUAAAACUAUACUGAUCAAAAUAUAUUUUUGUAAGGGCGCUAUACUUUGUGUUUUUGUCUCUGCGAUAAAAAAAGGUUUAUGAAUUAGGUGUGCUAUUAUAGCUCUUCAGUAUAAUUUGUAUUGAUAACUAUACUUAUUGAAAGUAUACUAAUCAAAACUUUCUUAAAAUAGAAACAGAUGUAGAGUGCGCUUAUUGAAAACAUUUUUGUAGAGUACACUUACUGAAUAUAUGUUUGUGGGUGAACUUUGCUUUGUUUGGUUUUGUGGUAUAGAUAAGGUUAUAAAUAUAGAAUGCUGUUACGGCUUUUCAGUAUAUACUUGUAUUCUAGCAUAAAACUGCUGUUCUUGUCACUUUUCGGGGGUGUUUUAACAGGAGAGAAAACGUGUGUUAACAGAGAGAUUCUCGCGCUCGUGUGCUGUUAUAACACCUUUUUAUAUAUGCGCGAUCUGUGGCAAAGCUAAACGUCAUUCGGCCCCAAAACGGAUAAUUCAAAACAAAAUGACGUCAACGUAAAACAACAACUUAGACAUUCCCGCGCAUUUCGUGGAAAUUAAAUGACGUUGAGUGAGAUUCUAUUCAUGUAUCAGUUUUUACGCGUUUUAUGCUAGAAUAGCGUUAACGCAUGUUCGUUUCGUGUUGUAACAUCUGCAGAAUCCCUCGGGAUACGUUGGUACCCUCGCCCUACCGGGCUCGGGUACCAACCAAUCCCUCGGGAUUCUGCAGAUGUUAUAACACGAAAAAACAUGCGUUAUCCCUACAUUGAUAAGAAAAAGAAUAUUACAAUAGCACUUUAUUUUGAAACAUUAACCUUGGUAUAUAUGGGUCAAACAUAAAUGGUUUUAGAAUAUAUUUAGCAUUACGCUUUCUGUAACAAAUGUAAAAGUCAUGAACGCACAUGUGUAUAUAUAUAUAUAUAUAUAUAUAUAUAUAUAUAUAUAUAUAUGCGUGUGUGUGUGUGUGUGUAUAUAUUCUCUCUACUAUAUAUAUAUACAUAUGUAUAUAUGUAUACAUAUAUAUAUGUAUGUAUGUGUGUGUAUAUGUAUAUAUAAUGUAUGUAUGUAUGUAUGUAUAUAUAUAUAUAUGUGUGUGUGCAUUCCUGUGUGUAGUUGCUACAUGUCUAUUGCAACAAGAUACAAAUGAAUAAAAACGAAUAAGUUAAUGUGUUCACUAUUUCUUUGCGUUUUUUAUCCAUCUGUCGUAUUUCUGAAUAGAGACUUUGUAUUUGAUAAAUGAGUAUUAAGUUGAGUAGUCUCAAUGUCAGAGGGAUAGGAAACAAGCUGAAACGUAAAGAGCUUUUCCAUUGGCUAAAACAGCAAAAGUGUGAUAUAUAUCUUUUAGGGGUCUUAUUUCAGUGAGGAAAAAUGUAACAGUGCAGGUACAUGCAUUUUGUUAAACAACCAUUUUGCAUUUGAAAACAUUAGGGGUCAUUUAAUAGCGACUGAACUAGACAUUGAAGAGAAAUCUUUUCUGAUAGUAAACAUAUAUGGACCGAAUAAUGAUGACACUUCAAUUUUUAGUAAAUUGGAAGAAUUUCUUACGGAGCAUGAAGGCAAAAAUGUAAUUUUGGAUGGCGAUGUAAAUACAGUUUUAGAUCCAGAAUUAGAUAAAAAGAACGGAAAUUCAAAUACUCAUAAAAAUGCAGUACAUUAUUAAAAGAUGUAAUGGAAAAAUUUGGUAUUUGCGACAUCUGAAGAAUAAUAAAUAAAUCCUAAAAAAUCACAAUUUGCUUGGCACUCUAGCGAUAAACCGCAUAUUUUUUGUAGAUUAGACUAUUUUCUGAUAUCUCAAAGUCUUGUCAAUAGUACAAAUUCAUGCGAAAUGGAUGUCGGAUAUAAGUCAUUCAUGAGUAAGUUUAACACUGAAUAUACAAAAUCAACCGAAAGGAAAGGAUAUUUUAAAAUGAAUAACAGUCUCUUAUAAAAAGAUUACUUUCAAAAAGAAAUAAAGGAAAUAAUCAAGGAAACAGCUAGAUUAAACGAACAGGCAAAUCCAAAUAUUUUUUGGGAAGUUAUCAAGGGAAACAUAAGGAAUGCAACUAUAAAAUACGCUACAAAAACAAAAAAGGAAGAGGAAAAAAAGGAAAAAGAAUUACAGUUAAAAAUAAAAGACAUAGAAAAACAUAUUUCACAUGACAAAAACAAUAUUGAAAAACUAACAGAGGAAUAUGAUAAGUAUACAACAGAAUUAAAUGAGUUAAAUGAGAAAAAGAUACAAGGAAUAAUUAUGAGGUCACAAGCUCAGCAAGUUGAAUAUAAUGACAAAAAUAGUAAGUUCUUCUCAACCUUAGAAAAACAAAACUAUGAGAAAAAGUCUAUGAAACAGAUUCAUGUAAACGGAACUAUUAUAACUGAUCAAAAACAAAUUCUGAAAGAGCAAAAACGUUUUUUAUCAAAAUCUAUACAAAAAAGAGCAAAAAACAUCACAAUUCAAUUUUAUGGAUCCACAAAUAAACACUCUAAGUGAAAUAGAAAAUUAAACAAUAAGUGAAGAAUUAACAGAACAUGAAUUCAGCAUUGCCUUGAGAAGCAUGAAAAACAAUUAAAGUCUACGAACUGAUUGGUUAACAACAGAGUUUUACAAAAUAUUUUGGAAUGAUUUAAAACAACACUAUAUAAAAUCCGUUAAGUUCUCUUUUGAAAAUAACUCUUUAACAGAGCUGCAAACACAAAGUAUAAUAACGCUUUUACCGAAACCAAACAAGGAUACAACAUAUAUUGAGAACUGGCGGCCCAUUAGCCUGUUGAAUACGGAUUAUAAAAUAAUGACUCAAGUAAUAGCUAAUAGAAUAAAGAAUGUUUUACCAUCGAUUAUAAAGAAUUGUCAAUCAGGCUUUAUGAAAGGGCGACACAUAGGAGACAAUAUUCGUGUUAUUUUUGAAGUUCUUGAACAAAUGGAAAAUUUAGAACAGGAAGCAGUUCUAUUUUUCUCUGAUUUCGAGAAGGCCUUUGACAGCCUUAAUCAUAAUUUUAUGUUUCAAACAAUUGAACAAACAAUUGAAUUCGUCAGUUUUGGUAAUUACAUAACAAAAUGGAUAAAACUGUUUUACAAAGAAGCAAAAAGUUGCACUAUAAAUAACGGUCAUAUAUCAGAAUUUUUUGAAGUCGAAAGAGGUGUACGACAAGGAUGUCCACUUUCCCCUUACUUGUUUAUUAUUUGUAUAGAGUUAUUAUCAAAUUGUAUUCUAAAAACAAUGAUGUAAAAGGAAUACAUAUCAAUGAUAGUAAAGUUAAAAAAUGCAUUAUUUGCUGACGAUGCCACUUUCAUAACUGAUGGAUCAAGAAAGUCUUUUGAAACGUUAAUAAGUAUAUUAGACAAUUUUAGAAAUAUUUCCGGUCUAAAACUAAAUGAAAAAAGUGUCAAGUAUUAAAGGCUGGUUCAAUACGUAAUACAAUUUUAGAUAUUGUACAAAUAAAAAAUUUAGAUGGACAUCAGAUUCUGCGCAAUCUCUUGGAAUUACCUUUUAUACAGAUACACAAAUUUCACAAUCUAAAAAUUUAGAAAAAAAAAUUGAAUUCCUUUAAGAAUUGCCUCAAACUGUGGCAGCAUAGGAAACUGACGCUAUUGGGAAAAGUAACAGUUAUAAAAAGUUUUGCUUUACCAAAAUUGAUUUACUAUUUAUCUGUUUUACAAACCCCACCAAAACAAACAAUAAAUCAAUUAGAAAAAAAAAACAUAUUUGAAUUCAUAUGGGAUAAAAAACUAGAUAAAAUUAAGAGGGAAACAAUAAAGAAAAACUAUUUGAAUGGAGGUAUAAAAAUGAUAGAUCUUUCCAUGUUUAAUAGGGUAUUUAAGGCCUGUUGGAUUAAAAAGUUACUGAAUAAUAAUAACAAAUCAAUAAUAAAAGCUAUUUACAUGAAUAAUAUAGAAAACAAAUAGGAGCAAACUUGAUAUUUGAAUGUAAUUUCAAUGAAAGAGAAAUAUUUACAAAUUAUAAGACAAAUCCCUUUUAAAGAGAUAUCAUUACAGCGUGGAUUGAAAUUCUGUCCGAAUGCACAAAUGUAAAUAAAGAGAUAAUACGGAACAACAAGAAAAUAAAAGUAAACGAUGAAACAUUUUUCUAUAGAAAAUGGUUCGACAAAGGUGUGUUAUAUCUCGAACAUUUAUAUGAUUUCCGAAAAAAUAAAUUCUAUACAUAUGAAGACGUUAAAAAUUUGUAUAGCCUUCCUGAACAUGACUAUCUCAAAUACAUGCCUUUAAUAAAAAGUAUACCUACAGAACUAAAACAAAAAAUCAAGAUAGAAAAUGGACCUUUAACUUCAGAAAGAAAAGCUAUUUUAAAAAAGGUUUAUGGACACAAAAAGGGCAAAUAAAUUCCUAUAUGAACAUCAAAUAAAAAAAGAAACAUUAACAAAUAAAGCUGAAACGAAAUGGGAUAAUAUUACUUCAAAAGCAAAUUUAAUAUGUAAAUCAAUAUAUAGGAAUAUCUUUACAGCAACGAUAGAUAGUACAUUUAUAAACUUCCAGUACAAAUUUAUACACAGAAUAAUAGCGACAAAUAAACUUCUACUAAAACAAGGUCUUAUCGAAUCAAACCUUUGUGAUUUCUGUCAGAUGCAUGUUGAAUCCACUGAACAUCUUUUCUGGGAAUGUCCACAUAUACAAACAUUUUGGAGAGAUUUGGGAAAAUUUCGUCAACAAAAUAACGUACAAUUAGAACUCGCAUAUGAGAUAGUGGCUUUUUAAUUACGGAACCAGUUUUACAAAGUCAAGCUAAAAAUGGUAUUAUUUUAACAGCAAAAUAUUUUAUUUAUAAGAAUAAAAUAAAUAAAACUAUGCCAAUUUUAGAACAUUUCUUAAAUUACUUGAAGAUAAGAUUGGAAACGGAAAAGUUAAUAGCGUUGCAACAUGACAAAAUAAAAGAAUAUUAGAUCUACCAUAAAUGGAAUGGAUUCCCUCUACAAGUAACUACAUUAUAUAAAAAAAUUCUCCCUAAACAUACUUUUAGAUUAGAAUAUGGCAGCUGGAUACAAAACGUAGAUAUACAACACUUUAUCUGCUGAUAUCACAUAUGUAUAUAUGGAUAUGUGUGAGUGUGUGUAUGAUUGCGUGGGAGGUUGUUUGUAUGAGAAUGUGUAUCUUUGAGAGUGGGUGUGAGAUUUAUGUGAGAUUUCAAAAGAGAUUUCCUGAUGUACAUUAAACAAAUGAUAGUAUAUGAGCAUCAUGUUAUAAAAAUAAAAAAUAGAAGUAGACAUAUAUUCGAUAUAUAAAACCAGUAAAAAAAUUGUAUAUGUAUUAUGUAAACGUUAUUUUUAUUGUCUGUAUGAGGUACAUGAAGGGAAAACAUUAAAUAAUAAAACAAAAGAAAAAAAGAUGUUGUAUACACAUACCUUUCAGUGUUUUCAAGCAUUCAGAAUGUUUGUAACUCAAACGAAAAUAGUGGUAAUAUGAUUUAUUUGCAUUUUCUGGAAUUUACAUGUCUUUCCAGUUAUCCUUUGUCGUAAAUGUAUAGGAAACAUCAAACAAAUACUAACUGAUAACCUACUGAUUAUAUGCAAGGGAUUUUUCCAUCACUCCAUGCGUCUGCCGGUCUGUCCGCACUUUAGUGUCCGGUCCAAAACUGUCAUCCAUCAAGAAGUUU